CGCAGCAAAACAACGCGAGAUCUUCAGGGGGAGAGAGAGACUCGGUGAGAGGAACCGUAACACCGGCGAGCCAGAACCCGAUUCUCCCUCUGCGGACCCGCUGGACAAAGCGAACGGUUUUCAUGCUCUUGAGACCGCGCCGAAACAUCACAGCUUGGUGGAGGUAUGACAUUAACCAGGGGCUCCUUCACUUAUUCCAGCGGAGAAGAAUACACCGGAGAAUGGAAGGAAGGUCGGAGGCACGGUAAAGGCGAGCUGAAGUUUGCUGACGGCACCUGUUAUAAAGGUCAUUUUGAGAAUGGCCUGUUCCACGGAUCAGGGGUGUUAGUGUUUCCCGAUGGAUCCAGGUACGAGGGUGAAUUCGCCCAGGGAAAAUUCCAAGGGGUCGGAAUCUUCUGCAGGUUUGAUGGGAUGAAGUUUGAAGGAGAAUUCAAAAGUGGCCGCGUAGAAGGAUAUGGGCUGCUGACUUUUCCAGAUGGCUCCCACGGCGCUCCGCGAAACGAGGGAGUGUUUGAGAACAACAAGCUUCUGAAACGUGAAAAGUGUCAGGCUGUGGUGCAGAGAGCCAAGAACUCAGCCUCCACUGCCCGCGGCCUCUCUGUAUGACAAACUGACCUCAAGUGAGAACACCCCUAGCUGCGGCUUUCAGAUUAGGCUCCCAAAUGCAUUACGGAUUGCGGUGUCGCAAGUAAAGAAGUCGAAGCUGACUGUGGGAUCUGCGUUCAGGGGUGGUCUCUGCCUUCACCAAACGACGGAGCUCAAAAAAAAACCGCGAGACCCAUCAGACCCUCAGGGAUGGAUGAAAGUGUUUCCAUUCCACACGCGCACCCGUGUUUCUCUCACAUUGCUGCUCUGCCUUGGUUUCCUCUGUGGCUUAAAAACAUCACACAAUUUCUGUAUGUUUGUUAUGGAGGCAUGGGAAAAAAAAAAAAAAAAAAACUCAAGUCACCGUCGGAGGAGGCAUUGCAGGCAUGGAAGCGUGGUCACGUGAAGAUGUUUUUGGUAAAUGUAUGAAAUUUGCCUUUGUGAGUCUGCGAUUGUAUCGUUACUAUUGUAACUGUCUGUUUGUUCGAAUCAGCGUAUUCUUUAUUGCACAUUUGCCUUAGUUAUUACAUUAAAAGUCAAUAUUGCUGGAUUAAAAUCUUGUUACUGAUAUACAACAGCGGUGAGGGAAUGUUUUCAGCGAGUUGUCUUAAUCUUUUAUUUAUUCGCUCGGUUCAUUCAUUUAAAAUGGGUACGUAAUUGUUUGAUUAAUUCUAUGACAUUACGACACUCUUUAUAGUAUUUGAAAUGAUUUUAACUGUAUUAGGUCAUUGGGCAGACGUACGUUCACGAUGUUUGAUGACUGAUUUGUGCGUGUUUACUUUAUUUUCCAAACUGACUGCUAAUGGUUCACUGUUCCCAUCAUCCACAGUGUCAGAAAGAAGCCUUAGUCACUAUCAUCUGAAAUACACUGACACCAAAUAGCAUUUUGCACUGUUGUUUUUUUGAGCAGAGAAUCAAGAGGCUGACAUGAAAAAUAAAGAAAACACUACUUGAUCUAAA